GCUUAUACUGUGACUCCACUGUGUUCCUUUCCCUCUUCUCUGGCCGGUUCUCGGAAGGCCGGCAUGGGAAUUUUUAUAUAGGUACCGCGGUCAGCAAUACUCGCUGACAGUCUGGCUGAACUGAAUCAAUUCAUUCAUUCUCUAUUCACAAUGGCUGUCCCGGAUACACCUGGGUUUAAUCCUCGGGUCCAACUCAUCCCCCACAUCAUCGACCAUUACGCCCAGGUCAGGCCUGAUGCCGUCUACGCCGAGUAUCCUGUUUCCCCGACAAGCUUUGACAAUGGAUAUCGCCCCAUCACCUUUAAAGCGUUGGCGAAUGCUGUAAAUGGUAUUGCGUGGUGGUUGAAAGAGACGUUGGGACAGGGGAAUGGGGAGGUCCUCGCGUACGUCGGAGGGAAUGAUUUGAGAUACCCGGCUUUGGUGUUGGGAGCCAUCAAGGCUGGAUAUUGCAUGUUUCUUACGUCGCCGCGAAACAGUGCAGCUGCUCAGCAGAGUCUGUUCAAACGGCUUAAUUGCACCCGUCUAGUCGUUCCUACACCGCAACCGCCUCCUGCUACGGUUAUUUUGGAAGCAUGUUCGGUAGAGACGCUAAACAUUCCUAGUGUGGAUGAGCUGCUGGGCAAGGAAUAUCCUCAUUUCGACUUUUCCAAGACCCUCGAAGAAGCUCGUACAGAGACGCUGGUUGUUCUCCAUACAUCUGGUUCGACCGGAAUACCGAAACCAAUCAUCUGGACACAUGAUACUGCCUGCAAACAUAUGGAGAUGGUGGUUCUGGAUCCCCCAGAGGGAUACGAGAGUCUCGACCACUGGAACUUUGGCAAGAAGAUGUAUCUCGUUCCGCCUCCUUUCCAUGCCGCCGGAGUAGCAUACCAGCUCUUCAUUGCCCUGCCCGUCGGCAUCACUAUCAUCCUCCCCCCAUCUGGUGGUCUUCCCACCGCAGCCGCCAUGGUCGAAGCCAGAAAAACCACUCCAUUCGAAACAGCCUUGAUCGUGCCGUCUAUCGUCCAGGAACUAGCACAAAGCACAGAACUGCUGGAAUACUGCAGCAAGAACAUGACACAUCUCAUCUAUUGCGGCGGUGACCUCCCCCAAGCCAUCGGCGACAAAGUCGCUGCCGCAAUCAGACUGGUCAACCAGUACGGUGCUUCAGAAGUCGGCAUGAUUCCGUCUGUCUACUCAAAGACAAACCGUGACCCUCUCAAGGAUUGGCGGUAUAUUGACUUCAAUCCCCGUAUGGGAGUUGAGUGUCGUCAUGUGUCUGGGGGAGAGUAUGAGAUGGUCAUCGUGCGCAACCCGGAGUAUGAAUCUCGACAGUUCUCUUUUACCAUCUUCCCUGAUAGACAGAAAUAUCACACGUCUGACCUGCUGGUGAGACAUCCGGAUCCUGCAAAGUCGGAUCUCUGGCGCUGGUGUGCUCGUGUCGAUGAUGUGAUUGUCUUUCUGAACGGUGAAAAGACCAACCCAGUCUCAAUGGAACAGCACAUUAUCGCGUCGAACCCAGAUGUGACCGCGGCCUUGGUGGCUGGUUCGCAGCGCUUCCAGGCGUCUCUGCUCGUUGAACUAGGUGGGAAGAAGCUCGACGUGACCGAGCGUGCUGCGAUGAUCGAGAAGCUGUGGCCGAGUAUCAAGCAAGCCAACGAUGCUUGCCCUGCUCAUGCUCGAGUAGCAAAGACGCAUAUUCUGUUUACCACCCCGGAUAAGCCUAUGCUCCGCGCCGGGAAGGGGACUAUUCAGCGAGCUGGUACACUGGCCGAGUAUGCACAGGAGUUGAACGCGCUGUAUGCCGACGCCGACAGUCUCUCAGCAGAGAAUGACGGGCCAGUUGGACCAGGGCGCGUUGAAGAUCCCGCAGUGAUCUCAGAAUACAUCCGGGAGUCUAUCCUUGCUAUCGCUGGUUGGAAUGCUCAGAAAUUGACGGAUACAGAAAACUGGUUCAACCUUGGGCUUGACUCGCUGCAGACCAUCACUGCCACUCGCGUCUUCAAGCGGGGUUUUGACUCUCCCAAUCUCACUCCGAACUUGAUAUACUUGAGCCCGUCGGUGGCGAGUCUGACAGAGACAGUACUUCGUCUGCAGAAGAAUCAUGAAGCAUCUGCUGAGUCUCAGAAGGAGGCUGCGUUGCAAGAGCGGGAUCAGCUGCUGAAGGAGCUUACUGGGCAGCUCAGUAUCAACACCAAGUCUGGAUCAGCCAAGCAUACUGUUGUGCUGACUGGCUCAACCGGUAAUCUGGGCACCUACAUGCUCGACUCUCUCUUGAGAAAUCCAUCAGUGGGCCAUGUAUACUGCCUCAACCGACGAGACGACGCUGUUGAAGUCCAACGCCAGAAAAAUGCAGCAUACAACUUGACCUCAGAUCUCUCUCGCGUCACCUUUUAUACUGCUGAUCUCUCUCAGCCAGACUUUGGCGUCGCCCCCAACAUCCUCCACACACUCCAAGCAACCACCAACCUCAUCAUCCACAACGCCUGGGCCGUCAACUUCAACCUUUCUCUCCCAUCCUUCAAACCCAACCUCGACAGCGUCGUCAAUCUAAUCAACUUCACCCACAACGCCACCCAACAACCCCAUCUCUUCUUUAUCUCCUCCAUCUCCUCCGUGAUGGGCCACCACAGCAACUCAGGCCUCACCCCGGAAGCACCAAUCACAACCACCACCCCCGCUCCCAAUGGCUACGCAAAUAGCAAAUACCUCGGCGAGCAUCUCCUCACUCAGGCAGCGAAGAAUGGUUUGCAUGCUUCUUUUGCCCGUGUGGGACAGGUCGCGGGUUCAGUGCGCUCUGCUGGUUUGUGGAAUAAGGCUGAAUGGUUCCCGAGUCUGGUGCUGAGCUCGUUGCAUGUUGGGGCGCUUCCUGAUACACUUGGGAAGGCUCUUGAUCGGGUUGAUUGGUUGCCGAUUGAUCUGUUGGGUGAUGUGCUGGUGGAUUUGGCUUUGGGCAAGAGUGAGGUGAAUGGAUAUACCAAUGGACACACAAACGGUGCUACUAACGGUGCUGCCAAUGGACAUACCAACGGCACCAUUAAUGGAUCCAUGAACGAUGCAAUCAACGUCUUCCACCCCCACAACAUCCAUCCCCAAACCUGGGAAACCAUCCGUCCCAUGGUCGCCGACGCUAUCUUCAAAACCUCCGGCAAGAAAAUAGAGACCAUCCCAUCCCGAGACUGGGUGCAGCGUGUCCGCCAUGACAUCGAGAUAGCCAGCAAUAGCGACAAGGGCCUCAGCGAUAAAGACCUACAAGCUCUCCUGGCCAAGAAUCCUGCCGCAAAGUUGCUUGAGUUCUUUGAUGGAAUCAUGUCGCAGACUGCACCGGAGAAUGUACUCGACACGACACUUACGGCGCAGCGGAGUGAGAAGUUGCGGGUUGUGGAGGGAGUCAAGUCUGAGUGGAUUGAGAAGUGGGUUGGGGAGUGGGUGCAGUAGUUGGUCAUACUUUAUGGUUAAUGUAGACUGUUUUCUUAUCAUGAGAUGGAUUGUCAUUAUAAUUCAAAAUUUCAAAGUAUCAAUGCAUGAGGGCUGAAACGUCAUAGAUUAACGAUAAGUCAUGUAUCUUAUGCAGACAUGAACCUGAACUCCUUUGCUCUGAGCAAUUCCGGCCAGCUACAUGAAAACUUUGCAUUCCGCCUCUUUGCCCAGAUAGUCUCGGUGA